CUACUUGAAGCAAUCUUAAAAUGCACCUUAUAUUAUAGUUAUUGUUUAUUAUUGUUUAUGAUAAGAAUUUAAGAAAAGUAUAUAAAGAAGAAAAGGAAGCACCAACGGCAAUGGAAUCAUAUAUCAUAUGAUGGAGGGAAUCAUGGAGGGUACAUUGUACAUGUCGAUUUCUUGAUAACAAUAAUGCCUCUUAUUUGCCUUAUUGCCUAAUGACACACUUCCCUCUAACAUUCGUCUUCAUCGUCUCUAUGCCCAUUGCAACUCAACCCAGUUUUUCAAUCAAAUCCCCCAAAAUCAAUCAUAAAAGAACCAAACCCUAACAUCAACUACUUUCUCAUACUCCUCAACUUUGCUCGUUAAGUGCCUAAAUCAAUGGAUCAAUGGAACGCGAAGCUCGAAUUGCAUCAACAACAAUAUCAACAUAUUUCUAACUCCCAUUCCGAACAGAGGGAGACAGCUGAAGUGGAAGUGAAAGAUACAAGUGAUGCUAGAAAAGUUCAGAAAGCUGAUCGCGAAAAAUUAAGGAGGGAUAAACUGAAUGAACAAUUCAUUGAGUUGGGACAUCUACUCGAUCCAGACAGACCUAAAAAUGACAAAUCCAGUAUUAUCAUUGACACCAUACAAAUCCUUAAGGAUUUGACAACUGAAGUCAACAGACUAAAAGCUGAAUGCUCUGCAUUAUCUGAAGAAUCAUGUGAGUUGACACAGGAAAAAAACGAAGUGAGAGAGGAGAAAUCAUCGCUAAAAUCCGAUAUAGAAAAUCUCAACACACAGUAUCAACAAAGGGUUGGAGUUAUGUAUCCAUGGGGAGGUAUUGAUCCUUCUUCAGUUGUUAUGCCACCACCAUUUUCAUAUCCGGUUGCGUUACCUGUCUCUGGGGGCCCACUUCCAAUCCACCCGUUCACUUUUUAUGCUAAUCAUAAUCCACCUGGCGCUUCCAUCAUGCCAUAUCCAAAUUUAAAUGCAAAUCCAACUAAUUACAAUAUUAACAAUCAAACGCUUCCUGUAUAUGUGUCAAGAUCAAGCAAACAAGAAUGUGGGAGUAAGUCUUCGAAACAAUUUAAGGGUAGUAAUAGUAAUGAUGAGAAAGGGGAUAAUUCUAGUGAUGUGGUGACAGAUUUAGAGCUUAAAACCCCGGGGUCAAAGUUGUUUUUGCCUUUUGGGAAUAGUUAAAUGCAAGAAAAAACAACUACUUUUGUUUAUUUUUGUGUAUUAUAGUAUCCUACUUUAUUGCUUUAAUUGGG